UGGAUAACGGUGCAGUCAAACUUUCUCUCUCCAUUCGGCCACAGCUCUAACAACACUGCUGCUAUCAGACAUUAUUUUUCUCAUUACGUCGGAAUAUAUUUAUUGGUGAAAACGCGUGGGAGGGGUCACUGUAGGAAGGAAUACUUUAGAACGCGUUUGGAGACUUUGACGCAGAACAUCAGUGACAUUCCAGGAGUGACAACAAGAUUUCCAUCACGCAAAGACCUGACUCCGUUUUAAGCUACUUUGAGCUGUCUGCAGUCCGCUUCUGCUAAAGCCAUGUUUUCCACAGCCACCGCCAACUUUGUCCGUCAGAUUGACCCUGAAGGAAGCCUCAUCCAUGUGUCCAGAGUGAAUGACUCACACAAGCUGGUUCCCAUGGCGCUUGUUGUGAAGCGCAACCGCUACUGGUUCUGGCAGAGGCCCAAAUACCAACCAACAGACUUCACCCUCAGCGACUUGUUGCAGGGGGACGCGACGCUCAUCCCUGAAGUGAAGGAGAAACCUUUCCUGACCUACAGGGGGACGUAUGGGGACGAACUCUCCGGGAGGCUGGACACCGAGGCCGCUUCUGUUAGCGUCACACUGGAGGGGCGCGGCUCUUCCCACCUCCAGUCAUGUUUUGGCAAGCUAAAGAAAGAGGAACUGGAUGUGAUUAAGCUGCUAAGAGACUCCAGAAACAGGAUGGUGGACAUGAAUCAUGUGCUGGUUCAGCAGAUGGAGAAGAGAGCUGAGGUGCUUACAGUCCUGAAGGAGCGGAUCUUCACCACUGACUCCUGCUCCGUCACCCAGACCAAAAAGGAGCAGUGCAUCUUUCAGGGGCUGCUCGGGCUCAUGGGCAUGCUGGGAGGCUCUAUUAAGGCUUGUUUGAAGGAAAGCAGCAAGAUUGAAGCAGACAGUGAUGUUUCUUUGGAAAUUCCCUCUGGUACCGUCGUUGCCUACAGCGUCCUUGAGCUGAAGAUAAAGAAAAAUGGAGACUAUGAUAUUUGUCUACGACCUGGAACAAAUGGAGGCAUUGAGGCAGAUUCCCCUGUUACGCAGCCGUCUCAUGAUUUCUUGGACACAGUUGAUGGAAAGCACAAUGGGCAGAAAGCUCCAGAAACAGAACCUUCAAGUGCAUCCCAAAAUGGUUCACAUGAGAUGGAUUUUUCCCUUCUAGCAGAGCUUCCCCAGUCUGUUCGAUCUGCCUUCUUCAAGAGACUUCAGGAGACUCUGAGGGACCGAGGGGCUCUGUCAUACCUGCAGCGUGUGCUGGAGAACCUGUGUUUUGGUGAAACACUCAUUACAGCCAAAGAUGAAGAUCUGCCGGACAGUCAGAGAAAAACUUUGUCCGCCAUAUUGGAUGGUUACUCUGAGGACAGCCAGGCAGGUAUCCCUGCUCACCUGAAUUCAGUUCACCUGCUGGUCAGUGCCAUGGAAGAGUUGCCUGAUGAGACCCUGAACCUCCUCAGUGAAAGCAGUCCAGAUUUUCUGGAGGCCUUCAAAACCCUGGUGACCAGGUUGAAGGAGAGUCAUGAGCCUCUCUCCAUCCAGUGCCUGCCAGUCCUGCUGCAGGACAACCAGGCCUUCCAGCAGGCCGACCAGCUGCUCCGCUCCAUCAAAGUGACCUUGAAGAGAGACGCAAACACGCUGUGGACAGAGACGGGAAACAAAGCAGGAGUUCUCCCAGUGGUCCUCUGUCUCAGCAUACAGGGGCUGGCUUCGCUGUGUAAGGGGUUAGAGAUGUAGAGGCGUGCAUGUGUGAAGACAUAUUCUCUAUGAAAACAUUGUAUUUUGUUCUUUUUCUUUCUUUGUUUAAUAUUUGUAAGGACUAAGUUUAUUAUAGCCUCUUAAAUAACAUUUUAUAAUCAUUUUAUUGUUGUUAGUUUUAUAUCAUACAGAUAUGAUCUAAAUGUGCCUUCCUUAUAUAUGUUUUUAUUACUUAGCAAAGACUACAUAUUUUUGUAAAAAGAAAGAAAUAUAUAUACAUAUACUUUAUCUGAUUGUUUCUUGUGAAUUGGUGUAGCUCUGACGUAAAGCCAUAAAGAAGUUAGGUAAUUUAUAGUGCACCAGCCUUACAGUGUUCUGUAUAAAUCCACUUUUAUCAUCUUUUUAUUCAUUUUAAUGAAAAAAUUCCAUGAUUGCAUCAACUGAAAGCACACUGUGAUUGAGCUGAAAUAGGCCUUAUUUCCUAGCUGAAGAAAUAUUCUUGGUAGUGGAAUCAUGGUUUAAAAAUAAUAAUGUUUUGUCAUAAUGCCAAUGAAAACACAACUAUGAUAAUGUUGUUAAAAAUUGUAUGCUAUUAUUGUUUAUGUACCCAACUUUUAACAUAUUGAAUCAAGAUUUUGUGCUGCUAUCACUCUUAAAUGAAACCUUUAGGCAUCUUUUUCUAGAUUUAUUUAUGAAGAAACUGUACGUUAGGCAUUGCCUGAAUAAUGGGAUGCUAUACAAUAAAAGCUUAAUGUUACAAUUUAUGUUUUAGUGUUUAAAGCAUGUUUACAAGAGCUAUAAAGUUUUAUAAAGCUACCUUUGUAUACCACUUUCAGUAAACUCUUUGUUAACUUUA